AUGCCCGCCUUUAACAUGACCUACGACCCCAGAGUGGCCAUCCCGACUCUGGUCGGCAGCGCCCUGUCGUGCUUUGCCACGACCUGCGUGCUCAUCUCGUGGAUGUGCUACGGCCAGGGCAAGCGAUCAUUCCGCUAUGCCCUCGUCCUGAACCUUACAUUCGCCGAAUGGGUCAAUUCCACCAACAAUACCGUGUCUGGCACGAUUGCCGUCAUGCACAAGGGCGUGCUGACGGCGGGGGGCGCGUGCACCUUCAACGGCUGGAUAGGGCAGAUGUCGGUUCAGGCGGCAGACUUCUCCAUAUUGGCCAUAGCGCUGGUGACGCUACUCACCAUCAAGCUCAAGUCGUACAUCCUCAACGCCUCGUUUGACAAGAAGAUUCUCAUCUGUCUGUCCGUAUGGCUCGUCCCGCUUGCAACGAGCACCACGGCCGUCGCCAUGCACCAGAUGAAGCCUGUCAGCGGCAAUUGGUGCUGGAUCUCUGCCGAGAAGACUUACUUGCGCUACGCCCUGGGCCACGGCUGGCGCUUUGCCAUCAUCAUCAUCACCGUCUCCAUCUACGUCUACGUCUUCACCUACAUGAAAAAGCGUCUCUCGUACCUGCAAGAGACCAGCCGCGCAUACUCGUACGACUACGGGCGCGGCCUGCACGACUUGAGCGCGUUGGCAACGGCGCCGCAAACGAAAGGCGACUUCAAAGACGGCCCGAACGGCGGCCUGAUGGUCAUCGACGAGGAGAACCCAGCCCCGAGCAGAGUCUUGACCCCACCGACACACACGCAAGCCAAGCUCCUAGGCGUCAACACCGGCCUCUCCAUGCAGUCCAACGCCUCCCCCCACUUCGACGCCGCCCGCUCGCCAUCGACGCUGACGAAGUCGGCGCCGACGAGCGGCACCACGACGUCGGCGACGUCGGCGCUGCACCGCCGCAAGCGCAGCCAGAGCAAGGUGGUCGAGCGCGAGAUCUGGCGCAUGCUGCUGCUCAACGCGUACCCGAUCCUGUACAUCCUGCUGUGGAUGCCCGGCAUCGUGAACCGCUUCGUCGAGGCGGCGGGCCACCAGUACAAGUGGCUGCAGAUCAUGCAGUGCUCGACGCAGUACGUCGGCCUGGCCAACGCCCUCACCUACGGCUACAAGGAGCACAGGAGAGACUUUGCCGAGUGGAUACACACGCUGAACAAUAGAUGA